GUCGAUUGUCACUUUGACAGCAACAUUUUCUCCUUUUCGUCGCUGUUUUGAAAAAAUUAGCUUGAAGUGUCUUUAAUUACCUUCAAAUAGCCCUUAACGUAGGCUAACAACAUGAGUCUUUACAAAUUUCGACCAUUAUUGAAUCAACUUCUUGCUGUCAGAGCCACUAUCAGCACACAAACAUGUGGAUUGAAAAAUUUUCCUGCUCCAGUUGAUUACAGCAAUGUCGAGUUUGCUGAGAAACCAAAACUACCAUUUUUACCAAAAGUCCCGCAAUAUCCGCCAAAUUUGCGUCCGCCUAAGAUGCAAAAGAGACUGCGGUACAUGCGUGGUCCCGAGCCUAUUCACAAUACUUUCCUGCACAAGCAAUACGGAAUUGUGGCGACGGGCGGCGGACGUCUUCGUUGGGGUCACUUGGAAAUGGUGCGUCUGACACUCGGUCGUAAAAUUGACACGAAUCGAAUGUUUGCAAUGUGGCGAAUCGAUCCGCCAUGGCAACCGCUGACGAAAAAAGGUCAAGGUUCUCGUAUGGGUAAGGGAAAGGGCUCGAUCGAUCAUUAUGUGACACCAAUUAAAAGGGGUCGUGUAAUUAUUGAGCUGGCUGGCAAGUGUGAAUUUGCCGAAGUUCAAGGUUGGUUGCAGCAAAUCGCCGAUAAACUGCCAUUCAAAGCCAUGGCAAUGUCACAAGAAAUGAUGGACCAGGUGAAAUUGGAAGAGGAGAGAAUUGAAAAAGAAAACUUAAAUCCGUGGCCUCUAAAAUACGUCAUUCAAAAUAAUUUGGGUGGAUGUCACCGGUGGUUGAAGCCGAUCGAUCAUAAGCAUUUUGGCAAAUACACGUAAAAAAUGUAGUAAUAAACGACGUUUUAGCUAUUUAGUAAAA